CGGCGGCAGCGUGCGGAGGAAGAGGCGGAGCCAGCGAGGAAGCGGCUGAGCGGGCUGAGGCGGGGGAACGGGGAGUCUGCGGCCUGGGGCCGGGGCUGGGGUACUUCAGCUCUGAAGGAAAAUGAAAGGUGGUGUUACUGAAGAACAUCUGUACCUGGCCUACUCCCAUCAAUUUGAAGAUUGCAUCUUUCCUCUCCACACAUCAAUAUCCUUGUUUUUGCUGUCCUACUGUGACUGCAAAUUAUUCAAAGUUUUCUUAGUGCCUGCUAGUGACAGUACAGAUGACCAGGUAUUUGGCAAAGCACAGCCUGAUGGCCUAGAGGUCCACUUCAUCUCAAGGUGUCAACUCCCUUUGGUUGUCCAGAGCUGCUGUUUGCCUGCUAUAGUUGAAGAAAAUGGCAAAUUCUGUCGCGCUGGACUUUCUGUUGUGUUGAGACACAUAAUACAGAAAACAUAUGAGGUAGAUCCAUCAAAGAAGUUGGUUUUGGAACUUUUGGGGUUUAAAAAGACGUGCCUAAAAGCCUGUGCUGAAGUUAGUCAGUGGACCAGACUUUGUGAGAUCAGCAUUCCUCAGGCUGUUGAGAGCUUAUUGAAUGCAUCUCCUGAUCAGUGUCAGGCCAUUCCACCUGAGGUUUUGCGUCUUGAGAAGAAGCUAGGAGAACCUGUCAGAGUGCACAAUGAUGACAAAAUCCGAAGGCAGAAACUUCAACAGCAAAAGGCAGGUGAUAAGACUGCAACACCUGCCCUCAUUAAAAGAGCAACAAAAAAUCUUAGCCCAGAAGAAGGAACAGUAGUGGAAAUCAAAGACCGAGAACCUGCAAGUUUGGAACUGAAAGUAGCUUUCUCAAAAUUAGUUGUGCAGGAAAUACCUGCUGCAACCAACAGGGAGCCCUCUCACAUCAGGAAAACAAAAACCUCUGAUCUCCCACCUCUGGAGCAUGUUUUUGCUGAGGGGCUUUAUUUCACUCUGGCAGAUGUAGUGCUUUUGCCAUGCAUCCAUCAAUUCUUGGUUUUCAUCAAGAAGCACAACAAAAAGAUAUUAGAUUUGCCUCUGAUAUCCAGUUGGUACCACAGAGUUCAGGAAGUGCCUGGAGUAAAGAGUGCUGCUGCCAAGUGCAAUAUGCUGUUUCUCCAAUUUCCAGAUUUGCUGUCUUCCCCAGAUGAGCAGCUGAGAGACUUCUAUACAAUUCCUGAUGACUUAGAGGAAGAACAUGAAGACUAUCAGUUUAUAGGCGGUCCAAGGCCAACCAUGACAAAGUUAAUGGAAAGCGGUAUUGAAGCAAAGUUUUCUCCACAUCCGUGCCCUAGGUGGACCCUAGAUUGGAACAGUCUACCAGCAGCAGUCAGUCCUGGAGAAGGAAAGAUGUCCAGUGAUCGUGCUCUGAGGAAACAGCAGCAAUUGAAUAAUCUGGUGUCCAUGGUGACAAAGUUAUCUAAACCUGGAGAUGUGAUUGUGGAUUUUUGCAGUGGAGGGGGCCAUGUAGGAAUUGUUCUUGCUCACCUGUUGCCAUCAUGCCAGGUGGUGCUGAUAGAAAAUAAGGAGUUGUCGUUGGUACGUGCUAAAGACAGAAGUGAUGAAUUAGGAUUACACAAUAUUUGGUUCAUUCAAGCAAACCUGGACUAUUUUAAAGGAACUUUUAAUAUUGGGGUGGCUCUGCAUGCUUGUGGCGUGGCAACAGAUAUGGUGAUUGAGCACUGCAUCAAGGCUCACGCAGCCUUUGUCAUCUGCCCUUGCUGUUAUGGUUUCAUUCAGAACACAGUGAAAUUUACAUUUCCACGAAGUCAUCAGUUCAAGGAAGUUUUAUCCUAUAAGGAGCACAUGAUUCUUUGCAGAUUUGCAGAUCAGACAGCUGUUCAGCUUCCACCCAAACGCAGACUAAUAGGAAAACACUGUAUGGGGCUGGUGGAUCUGGAUCGGGCAUGGGCUGCAGAAGAAUGCAACUACUCUGUCCAAGUGAUGUCCAUGGAGCCAGAAAGUUGCUCUCCAAAGAACAACAUGGUAGUGGGUGUCCCUAUUUAGGUUAAAAGAUUUAUAUUUGAUUUUAAUUUAGGCAUCAAUCAUGAACAAUGCCUGAUAACAUCCAGGGGUUCAAACUGCUGGGAAGCAGGCAUCAAACAUCCUGAACCCUUAGUCUUCAGAAAAGGAAGUAGCAGGAAAAGGUUUGGAAAGUUGGCUGCCUACAGAGCAUCACAAAUCCUACUUGUAAUAUGUUAUUAAAUGACUGCUGGCUUUCAUAAUGAGAAUCCUCUGAACCAUUCACCUGCCCACAGAGUAAUAUCCACCAGUAAAUGUUGGAAAAGGUUUGGUUUCAUUGCUGGAAAGGUGAUUUUCUUUUAAGUACUGCCAUCUCUGCUGGUCUUUCACAUUUGAAAUUACAGCUGAAAACCAUAUUUAUGUUCACAGGCUGAGUAUUUAUCUGACGGUAAUGUAGGUUUCCAGAUGGACAGUAAGAGCUGCUGAAUGUUUUGUACUUAAAUUUGAAAAAUCUAGUCACAUAUUUAUGAUGUAACUUUUUAUGAGCAGUCUAUACAAUAAUAGAUUGUACAUACUGUAUGGCAUUUGUUGACUUUUUGUUAUAAAAAGUCUGCACUGUUGUAACAGUAUUGUUUUUCAUAAAGAUCCUUGAAAUACUUUCUGCAUCAUUCUACUCAUCAAAAUGCAUAUUUUUAAUCUCUUAAUUUGUUUUUAACAUUUUAAAUUUCUUUGGAUGUGUGGCAUGAGAAUUUUGUGCUCAGGAAUCUGAGAGCGUGGACAGCCUCUGAGAGCAAAAUCCUUCUGUUUAUCCACUGGACGGACAGACAGGCAGACACUGUGUGAGCCUCCUGAUUAGAGCUGGAUGUGUAACAGAGUUUUUUGGUUGCUGGCCAAAAAGAAAAAAAAAUGUUUCAGAUUAUUCUGAAAAUGAAAUUUUUCAACAUUUUUGGUAAAUCAAAUGAUAAUAAAAAUUUCAG